AUGACUGGGCUUCUUUUAGGACGAUGUGCACGACAAGCUGUGCGCACCAACGCGGCACUGUUGCGCGCACGCUCAAGUUGGAGAUGGGAGAGCACCGAAGCUGCAGCCACAGCAGCAGCUGGCGUGACACGAAGCAACGAGAGCCGCCUUACGAAGGCAGAUGUAGCGCAUACGGCGUCGCCUGUGUCUGAAACAGCAAUGCAACGAGCGCUACCUAUCCUGUUCAACACGGAGGAACUCGCGAGAUUCCCCGAUCUGCUCAAGGAACCGAAGGCGUUGCACGAUGUGCCUGUGUAUCAGUACGAAGCGACGGAGCAAGUGCCAUAUACGAACAGUGUGACUAUGUACAAUGAGACGGAGCGUCCGUACUUUGCGACGCCGCCGCCUUCUGUGCUGGCUGUUAUGACGUCUGGUAGUGAUCUGGGCGAGGAAGUGAACUCUGAGAGCUACCUGAGCUCCGUCACACCAUUGAGUGCGAUGGAGAUCCGUCAGUUGCACCGCUACAACAUUACGAUCAAGCGCGUCGUCAAUAUGACCGGCAAGGGCCGUGUGCCUAGUUGGUACUCGCUCGUCAUUGCAGGCAAUGGCCGUGGACUCGUGGGCUAUGGCGAAGGCAAAGAUACCAACAUUGGCCGUGCUAACAAAAAGGCAUUCCAUGCCGCUGUGAAAAACAUGGAUCUCGUGUCGGUCCACCGCUCAAAGAGUGGUGCCAACACGGUGGAAACGCCCGUCGAGGGCCACUGGGGUGCUACGCGCGUCGCGAUCCGUCCACGACCCGCUGGCUUUGGCCUGCGUGUGCCCAAUGUGCUACACCCUAUUGCGCGCGCAGCAGGAUUCACAGACUUGAGCGCGGCCGUGUAUGGCUCAUCGAAUGCGAUGAAUGUCAUCAAGGCCGCGCUCCAGGUCCUGUGGGGUGGCAGUGCGCCCAUCGGAAUGGGUGGCGGUGUGCGUGGUAAGAUGCGCCGAGGCGAUCGUGGACAGGGUGCACGUACGCGACGUGAUAUGGAGCUGAGUCGUGGACGCCGCCUGGAAGAACUGGAUGUCUAG